AUGGCCGUCAUCAAGGGCACACGGGGAAACCCCAAGGGCCCGCGGUUUCUCACUCAGCGCAAUCUCGAAAAGGCCGUCCUCAAGGCCAAUGGCGACGAGGUCCCGCGCCCGCCCAUCGACCCGGGCAAGAUGCAGCUAUUCUCCUACUACCGCCCGGGCCUGACCGCGGGCACCUACUCCAUCUACGCGGAGCAGCUCAUCGAGGGAGGCCAACCCCAGGUCCGCCGGGUCUUCAACCGGGAGAAAACCGGAACGACCUACCUGCCGCAACAGUUCGAGGUCAUGGCGCCCCAGUUUUCCCUGGACGACAAGCUGGUCAACAGCCACUAUCCGCCCGAGGGCAACCAAGACGAGAGCCGCGUGCUUCCGCACAUCGUGAUCAACGACCCGCACUUUCCGUGGGAGCGGGACGCGGGGAAUCUCCAGGAUGCAGACAAGGAUCCGCCGUCACUGCAGGGCCCAAGAGACCCCGACGUCGACGAGACGGGGCAAGUCCAUCUCGAUAAAGACGGCGAGCCCACCACCGAUCCGGACCAGUACGUCUACCGCAACCUGGUUCCGUGGGUCAAGCUGCUCGUGUUCGACCCCGAGGAGCUCCACCUCGACCCCGAAGAAGGGACGGCCCUGGGGAUCAAGGGAUUUGUCGCAGGGAAUCAGCCGACCAACGGGGCCUUCUCCAUGACGGCGGCCGAGUAUUUUACCCUACCGCAGGGGAACCGAAUACGGUUCGAGGAAGCUUUCGGGGACGACGAGGACAGCCUCAACGCAAUCAAGUCCGGACGAAUGUCCAAGCAACCGACCCAGGCCAUUUUCCCUCGGAAAGAGCUGUUUCGCAGCUUGUGCCAUGAUCUCGAGGGCAACAAAUACCUCGCCCAUGUGCGCAACAUCAACACCGUAGGUUUCCCCAACGCCGGGGUGGAGGAGAACGGUCUUUUCUCGAUUGUGAUCUCGAGUCGAACGGGCGCCUUAGAAUUUGAUCCGCCAGACCUUCCCAAGACCCAGAUCUGCCACUUGGUCUCGCUCGAACACGCCGAUCGGUCGUUUGCCAUGGACUUUGCCAACUGGUCGGACGGCGAUCCUCGGGGGAACGAAAGAAUCGGCAUCAUUUCGCUCUUCUCCUGGACCUAUACGGCUCUGCCCCCAGACCCGGUCAACUUUGUCGACUCGAUGAGGGCCAUUGUUCGGAACAUCGAAGAAGGCACGCCCAUGUACAUGCAGAUGCUGAAGCCACCGCAGCGCAUGAUCACCGCGAUGGAAGAAGACGUUGCAUCCCUUUCCGCCGUCCAGAACAACGCCAGGAAAGCAUUAUCCAGGCGCUUCGACAAGGGCUAUACAAUCUCGAGAUGGCGCGCCGAGACGGGCGAAGUAACGGCCGCCUUCAACCGCGGCCCGCUGGUCCCGUUGCCUGUCCCACAGGUGCCUUGCCACGACUGGCCUACCGGAUCGACGACAUCAAAGAGCUACCAAAUCUUGGAUCGCAAGACGGGUUUCAUGGAUCUCUCCUACUCCUCGGCAUGGCAGCUCGGGAAGAUCCUGGCAAUCUCCGAUACCACAUUCAGCAGCGCCUUGACAAGAUUCCGCAGCUUCGUCCAGGGCGUGGCGGAAUCGAAUGCCCGGUCGGCCGUCAACAAGGUUCCGAGUAAGAUAUCUCUGAUCCGUGGAAUGCGAGACAACGUCGGGAACAUCGACUCCCUACUCGACGACGACGUUUCUGAACCCAGACGAGUGAUAGCGCCGUUGAGACGCCGCGUUGUUUCCCGGCUAGACGACCCGCUCAUCAUGGCCGCCAUGGAGGUGACUGUUGCCGACACGGUGGCAGAAGCUGGCUCGGCAGGACCAGAAAUAUACAACGAGUUCAACGUGUACGGCGAAAACAAUACCGACUGGUCUACGAUCCUGAGAUGGAUCACCGACAAGUUGUAUCUGGCAGACAUCCCCGCCCACUGGCUGUUCCCGGAUCCGUCCUACAUUCCCGACGAAUCUUUGAGGUUCUUCUACAUCGAUGACGCAUGGAUGGACUGUCUGAUCGAUGGCGCGCUAAGCGUGGGAAACCACCUGUCUAGGGAUGACGACCUUGUUAAGACAAAGAUCAAGGAGUUUUACAACACGUACUUGAGCACCGAGGUCCCUGACACGGAUGGGUUAAAACCGCAGAUCCCACAUUACGGGUUUGUUUUGCGCAGCCAGAUUGUCAAGUGCAUGCCUGAUUUGCGGAUCAACUUGAAAUGGAACAACCAGGACGAAGAGGAUCCGCGAGCCCCGGUGUGUCAAUGGCUCCGUCCUGACGACGUUACGCUCAUAUGCCUUCUCGACCGGCCCCCAGAGGAACUCCAUCUCUUCGAUGCGGAUCACCCUGACAAUUCAGGCAUCGUUCUUUCACAGCCUCCUCACCAGCAACGGUUUUCCUUUGGCUAUGCGUGGGACGACGAGAAAAAGCUGUUUCGUUUUCUCCUCCGACAGUUGUACACGGACAAUCCCCCGGACGGCGAGUGGAAAGAAGAGGCUGGUUUUGACGGUAACCCCAAUGACUUCGUGAACCUACAGACGCGGGCAAUCAAUGCCACCGCCUUGGCCGAACAUGUCAACGACCAACUGGCAAAGUACGUCGAUCCAGAUGACAGCGACCCCGAAACUUCGCGAAAGUACCGCGACUGGGUUGCCACUUCAGCUGAGUUGGCCAUGGUGCUGAACGACCCAGCGUAUUACUUCGCCAUCCACCCAAAGACGGACGACGAGAGCACCAACAGGACGCCUCGACUCCGGCAGCUCUGGACGCAGCCGGUGCAGGCCAAAGUCAUGGGAAUCGCGCUGCCCAGGGCGGCGGUUCCGACGAAACCCGUUGAGGAUCGUCCCCGCCCGCCCAAGCAGCCAGCGACGCGGCAGGCUCCUGUCCCGGUCCCGGCGGACGCACCGAGCAGAGGCCCUCCCAUUGUCAUGCGGAAGGACUUGGCUGUUGCGGACGAGGGUCUCGUGCAAGGUUUUGCGACCCGGGCGGUGUCAAGCGCGUGCUUUACCCUUCAAGCGUAUGCCUACUACAAGGGGAUUUCGAACCCGCCGAGCAAUGUGACGGGAUAUGCGCCGAACGACUAUAUCCCGACCCUAAACAAAUACUUGCUAGAUCUGAUCUUCGUCGUCCGCAAAGACCCGCGCAAAGUCGCUGGAAAUAACCAGCUGCUGCGCGAGGUACAGAUCGACAUUCCCCACCGGGCCCUCAACACCGGUCGCAAGACCGACGCGCUGGUGCGGCCGGACUGGAGCGGUGGGGCGCGCAUGCUGAGCAACCAGCGGUUCGUACCGUUCGUAAACCGCACGCCCGACGCGCUGCAGGUGCGGCUGGUGCCGCGCAGCGCGGCCGAGCACCCAGUCAUUCGGAUGGACGACCAGCGCGCCGCCGACCUUUCGUUCCGGCUGUCCGAGGUGGAGGUGCCGACCAGUGAGAUCAAGAAGUGGGUCACCAUCGAGGGCCAGCGCGAGCGCGAGUUCCUGGGCUAUGUCGUGCUCGACUGGUACGAGAGGUAUGAGGUGGGUGGCGUGGUGUCGCCCGUGUGGCAGACGACGACGGUGUUGAAGAGGGAUGUGACAGAGGACGAGGACGCGUAG